UAGGAUUUGCGAAAACACGAGGAAAAACACUAUGCAAAUAUUAUAUUAAUAACGCGUGCACCAAAGGUUCAGAAUGUCCAUUCGCGCAUGAUCGAACCAUAAAACCUGAUGAUGUAUGCCGUUUCUAUUUAGCUGGACGUUGUUCAUUUGGUAUUCAUUGUCGUUACUUUCAUUUUUUAAUUUUAGACGAUCAUAAUACUCUGGGGAAAAGCAAAUCUUGGAUACUACAUAAAGACCAUGUGUUUUCCACCGAUGCUCCAGAAUUCAUUCCUUCAUGGAUAACUGCUCCGAAGUCGGAUAAAUGGACAUAUGCUUCAGCCGUGGGGUAUUUUUUUAUUUCGUUUAGGUCAGCAUGUAUUUUACCCUUAUGCCCUUAUUUUGAAACUGGAAAUUGUUCUAAAGGUGCUAAAUGUGAUUUUGUGCAUGGUGAUUUAUGUGAACUAUGUGGUAUAAAUUGUUUACACCCUGGAGAUGCCGAUCAACGAAUUCAGCAUAAUCGAGAAUGUGUUGCGGCCCAUGAAGAGGCCAUGGAAGAAGCAUUCGCUAUUGCACGAUCUGUUGAUAAAACAUGUGGGAUAUGUAUGGAAAAUAUAAGAGAUAAAAAUAUGCGUUUCGGUAUAUUGGAAGGAUGCAAACAUUGUUUUUGUUUGGAUUGCAUAAGGAAAUGGCGUAAGAACCAGAAUGAGCAGUUCGAUAAGAAAAUUGUUCGUAGUUGUCCGGAAUGUCGGACGCAUUCAGAUUUCGUUAUUCCAGCUGUUUAUUGGGUUGAAGAUCCUGCUGAAAAGAUGAAGUUGUUUACAAAAUUUCAAACUAAUACGAAACAAAAACAAUGCAAAUAUAUCAAAGAAGGUUCAAUCGAUGAUUGCCCAUUUGGUAAUAAAUGUUUUUACAAACAUGCUUUGCCAGAUGGAACGAUUGUUGAAGGAAAAAGUCCUCGCGCACUUAAAGGGUGA